UUUGUCUUUCUUUGCCUUGCUCGCUGUCAUGUCGUUCUCUCACCAAUUGAAUACAGAGGUGUUGGCUUCUGCUGAAUUCCAGUCGUUACGGAAUGGUUCUCCUCUUUUGUCUCUCCUUGAUAUUCUGAAACGCUCUGGGUUUGUUUCCGCUAGCAAGUGGAACCAAGAUUACUUUGACGCCCUUCAAGUACACUUGGCAUUAGACCAACCACCUGAAAGCGUGGUUCCCGACGCUUUUUUUCCAACCGAUGAGGAACUUGACAUGCACUCUGAGAUGUUCAUGUACUCCACCAAUGAUCUAAAGUCUGAGCAUUUUGUUCUGAAGAAUAUCCGAGAUUUGUCUCGGGGUUUCUACAGUCGCUUGCUCAACGUGAUACAGGCGGGAUCGACGGAUUCUUUAAGCUCGGUUUGUUCGACCAGUCCUGUGUCAAGUGUCAGUAGCUCUCGUUCUGGCUCGUCCACGGCAACUGACAAAGCCGAGUGUGUUUCAGAAGACAUGCUCAGGGAGCUUUUGCGGUACUGGGUCGAUGAUGGGAAAGUUUUCUCUAUUGGAGGACGCCAACUGUUUUUGAGUGUUCGAACGGAGCCCAUUAAACAUGGCGUGCAGUUUUGCAGACGCCGUAUAUCUGUCGUAACUGACGGAUACUUGUCCGUUUCUGACAGAGGUGACAAGGCCAAGACGCUCUCGUCUGCCGUUUGCGCCUUUAUAGAAGCCAAGAGGCACUGUCAUAGGAAAACUGAUCAGGCUAUCCUGGCGCAAAUCGCAGGAGAAGUCAUAUCGGUGGCCCAGUACAAUCAAUCUAGGCGCCCCCACGCUACGCCCGAAUCGUUUGGUUUCAUGGUGCACCAUCGGAAAUGUUCCAUAGUCUCUGGCGUAUUCUCACCAAAUUAUCUGGCUAACUUGGAGAAUGGCACUGGUCCAACGGUCGGGGAUUACUUGAUCCUCAAACGUACUGUAGAGUAUGAUAUAGGUUAACCUGCAGAACGCAGACUAUUUGCAAAGUGUGUUGUUGGACUAUUAAGAUAUCUGAAAAGUGGACAGGCGUAUGUAGGGUCAUUACGAGAGUAACAUAGAGUGUUUGACACUGUAUUCACACUCUAAUCACACUCCAAUCACACUCCAAUGAGCGGCUCAUUGUGACUCGAA